AUGGGGCUGUCGCCGGCAGGAAGUCACCAUCGACGUCGAAGCUCGGUCCUCACAGGCGCAGGACCCUCAUCGCUGGCCGCCCCGACCGAGCAGAGGGAGGAUCAUUCCAAAGCCAUUGGCGAGGCGGUCAACUACAAGCGCGACGAACAGAAACCGUUGACGGCCGAUGACGCAGACGUCUCCGAUCUGUCUUCUAUCGCAGAGAGUGUGGAGAUGGAUUUUGCGAGCUCGGACGAUGAGCUCCACGAUGAUGAAGAAACCGGUCUCACAGCGAAACAACGACGUCAGAGACGCCGACGGAGGAAACAACGGAGGCAAUUGGAUGCUCGGAUAGCUGAUGUCAAGACCUCCCGAUAUGAUAUCCUCUCGAUGGGUUUGGCAGAUCGAAACAUCGUCAAGAAACUGCUCGUCAAUGCGAGUCUCAUCCUCUUGUGGUACUUCUUUUCCUUGUCGAUCUCCGUUUACAACAAAUGGAUGUUCUCAGAAGACCGUGUUGUGUUUCCUUUCCCUCUCUUUACGACUAGCUUGCAUAUGCUCGUCCAGUUCAGUCUCGCGUCCUUCAUUCUUUGGUUGAUCCCAGCGCUGCGCCCGCGACACCCUUCAUCCACCUCGUCCGGUUCACCGUUCAGAAACAGUCACGAUGCCUCCGAAUCCACUCCCGUUCUCACAAAAAUCUUCUACCUCACCCGGCUCGUUCCCUGCGGUGCAGCGACGUCUCUUGACAUCGGGCUGGGCAACAUGUCCCUCAAGUUCAUCUCCCUCACCUUCCUCACCAUGUGCAAAUCCUCCGCUCUCGCCUUCGUCCUUCUCUUCGCUUUCAUUUUCCGACUGGAGACGCCCUCCGUCAAGUUGAUCUUUGUCAUAGCCACCAUGACCGUCGGCGUGGUCAUGAUGGUCGCCGGAGAAACAGCCUUCAAUGUUGUGGGCUUCGCUCUAGUCAUCGCCUCCGCGUUCUUCUCAGGUUUCCGCUGGGGACUAACACAGAUUCUACUCCUGAGGCAUCCGGCUACAUCCAACCCCUUCUCCACCCUCUUCUUCCUCACUCCCGUCAUGUUUGUCUCGCUUAUUAUCAUCGCUUUGACCGUUGAAGGCCCUGCCAAGAUCGCCGAGGGCUUUGCCGCCCUGUCAGAGUCUCAUGGCGGCGCCUUUGCCGUCUGCCUGCUGAUCUUCCCCGGUGUGCUGGCCUUUUGCAUGAUCUCAGCCGAGUUCGCUCUGCUGAAACGCUCCUCCGUUGUCACACUCAGUAUCUGUGGCAUAUUCAAGGAAGUCAUUACGAUCAGUGCAGCAGGCGUCGUGUUCCAUGACCAAUUGACCGCGGUCAAUAUUGCAGGUUUGCUUAUUACCAUUGCCAGUAUUGGUUGCUACAACUACAUGAAGAUUUCGAAGAUGCGUUCCGAGGCACGACGAGGCACCUGGGAGCGCAGCCCGAACCUGGACUCGGAAAGUGACGACUCCGGUCGUGCUCGCUCCCGUUCGCGUGGGACGUAUCACAGAAUUGGCGAUCCGGAAACCAGCAUGGUCACUCCGGUGCCCCAGGCGCCUACAGGCGACAACUUCACGCCCGUCGAUGGCUUGAUUGGCGACCGGCGGUCGUUCCAAGUGAGGGCCAGCGGGGCCAGUAGCAACAUUCAUGGACUCACAAUUGCCACCGGGAAUCUAAGCGAUAAUGAGAGUCGACCGUUCUCCCCGCGUCUGGCGGGUCCGUCUCCGCUCAAGUCCGCACCGCCCGUAGUCCUGACCGCCGACUCCCAAUUUCCGCCGCGGGUGGGACGAGGCCCAAGCGCUGGAGGCAACUUACAGCCGUCCACCGACCGGGCAGUGUCGGGAUAA